AUGCAGCUCAAGAGCAUCGUCCUCGCCGCCUCGGCCGCUGCCACCGCCGCCGCUCUCCCUGCCACCGACUGCAACCAGAGCGAGACCUUCGGUGUCGUCUCCAUCCACUCCGGCAGCGCUGUUCAGUACGAGCCCUUCAAUGCCGCCAAGAGCAGCCUCUUCGCCGGUCUCUCUAGCCAGAACGCCAGCUGCGCUCGCCCCAAGGAGCAGUUUGCCACCUUCUACAUCAACGACGGUGCUCUCUACCUGUACGACAAGUCCGCCACUCCCCAGGAGUUCUUCGUCGACCGCUCCGGCAUGGGCCAGGGUAAGAUCGGCUACACCACCGGUGCCCAGCCCGCCCCCAAGAACAGCGAGCGCCAGGGCUGGUCCAUCAACAGCGACAACCACCUCCAAUUCGGCGGCAAGGACCUGAUCGCCUGCCCCAACUCCAUCGACGGUGCCUGGAGCAUCUGGGCGGAAACUGGCGUGAGCAACCCCGCUGGCAACAGCGACUGCGUUGGCAUCGCCGCCCGCGUCGAGAAGACCAACGACCCCAACGGCUGCAAGUACACCUCCUAA